AUGAGGUUCAAGGCAAAGAAGUGCCGUAAGCUAGUGCUCAGGAAAGGGAAACUGUGUAAUACACUGCAACUGGAGAUCCAGGGAGAGAAGAUCCCUUCUGUGUCUGACCAGCCAGUAAAGAGCUUGGGGAAGAAAUUUGAUAAAACACUAGGAGAUGUUCAGAAUGUAAAGGAGUUCAGACAGCAGGCAGAGGAAGGUCUAAGGAAGAUAGAGGAAAGUAAUUUACCAGGCAAGUACAAGCUAUGGUGCUACCAGUAUGGCCUUCUCCCGAGAUUGACAUGGCCAAUGACUAUGUACAACAUUCCCUUAUCCACAAUGGAACAGGUAGACAGGAGGAUUAGCAGAUACAUCAGGAAAUGGCUAGGGGUGCCUCCAGGUCUUACAAGUGUGGGGUUGUACAGUACCACAUCAAAGCUCCAACUACCCCUGUCCUCAGCGCUGGAAGAGUAUAAGGUGGCAAAAGUAAGAGCGCAGACAACCCUGGAGAGCAGUAAAGAUGAGAUAGUGAGAGAAGCGGGGAUCACUCUGAGAUCAGGAAGGAAAUGGUCAGCAGCAGAGGCAGCAGAAGGCGCCAGAAGUAGGUUGAGACACAAAGACAUAGUGGGAGUGGUGGCCCAGGGUAGGCUAGGCCUAGGAGCAGGGCCUACAGCAACCCAGAGAUGGAAGGAUGCUGAGCCCAUGCUAAGGAGAAAGAUGAUACAGAGUGAAAUCAGACGCCAAGUAGAAGAGCAGAGAAGGGCUCAGGCAGUUAGCCAGGGAGUACAGGGAGCCUGGGUAAAAUGGGAACAGGCUCUAGAGAGGAAGGUGACCUGGAAGGAGCUCUGGUCCUGGGAACCGCUGAGGACACAGUUCCUACUGAAGUCGGUGUAUGAUCUCUUGCCCACCCCAGCAAACCUGAAGAGAUGGGGCAAGGAGAGUGAGGAGAAGUGUGUGCUGUGUGGGAAGAGAGGGACUUUGAGCCACCUGCUUUCAGGAUGUGCCAUAGCCCUAGGACAGGGGAGAUACAGAUGGAGGCACGACAGAGUGCUAAGAGUGUUGGCAGCUGCACUAGAAGAGAAGAGGGCACAGAUGAGUGGAAGGAAGCAGGGAAGUCUGAAAUUUGUGGACUUUGUGAAGGAAGGUGGGAAAGGACAAAGGAGGGGGAAGAGAGCAGCUGACGAUGGACUAGGAAUCUUGCCCACAGCGGGGGACUGGGUCCUGCAGGCGGACCUUGAUAGAAAGCUAAUCUUCCCUGAGGAAAUAGCAGUAACAAACCAGAGGCCAGACGUAGUGAUCUGGUCAGCCAAGACCAGACAGGUGGUGAUGAUCGAACUCACAGUGCCGUGGGAAGAGAGAAUGGAAGAGGCAUACGAGAGAAAGGCUGAAAGAUAUAGCAACCUGAGACAAGUCUGUACUGAGAAGCGGUGGAAGGCCUGGUGCUUCCCCGUAGAGGUGGGCUGCAGAGGUUUUGUGAGCCAGUCAAUGUGGAGGAUGCUGGGUGCACUAGGCAUCAAGGGAAGAAAGAGGAAACAGGUGACUAAAAACCUCACAGAAGCUGCCGAGGCAGCAUCGAGAUGGCUGUGGUUGAAACGAAACGCAGGAACUUGGAAGAUCUGA